AUGGAAACAAAUGUCACAAAAAGUUUGCCUAACUCUGUUUUACAAGAAAAUUUCUCUUUUGAAGUAACUGUGCUCUGUAUGUGUAGGGGUGUCGUUUCUUUUCUUGGUCUUAUUGGAGAUUUCUUGACGAUUUGGACAUUUCUGGCCAUGGGACCUAAAGAUGGCGUAACUCUUUCAUUUUUGUUACUCUCUGUCUCAGAUAUCUUGUAUCUUCUCUGUAUGACAAUUUCAUCAAUCUCUUACAUAUUUAUAAGCAUCGAACUGAUGACAUCAUUUAAGAUAUAUUUUCCUGUGGAUCCGUAUGGGAUAAAGACCUAUAUAUCAAACUGUGGGGGAGAUUUUUACGCCAGCACAAUGCUUACCCUAACAUUUCUGUCCAUUUGUCGCUGUCUAAGUGUCGCCAAACCUCUGUGGUUUAGACAUAAACUCGGGACAAAAAGAAUUUCAGUUAUGUUUUUCUCAAUCAGUGCUGCGUUUUGUUUAGGAACAAGUGUUCCCAUCUUAGCUCUGAUGGGGAUAAUACCGCUCUAUGACGCCAGGAUCAACACCACAAGACCUUCGUUGUGGAUUUCACCAGAAAGGAAAUGGGUGACGUAUAUCGUCUGGCCAGUCAGAGGAUCCUUGCUUCCACUUAUCGUUCAGGUUAUUCUAAUCAUUACUUCUGUGGUAAUGACUAGAUUCCUAAAAUCAGCCUUGACAUUUCGUCAGAAACACACUUCAUCAUAUUUAGCAUCUACUCAAUCAGCUCUGUUUAAAAUUGACGAUACAACAAACAACGACAAAAGUUUUUCAAAGGAGAAGAACAAGUUAAGCGGCAAGCAACUUCAGAUCAUCAAACAAAUGAUUAUCCUGUCUGUGGUGUUUAUCGUCAGCUGUACACCAAAGAUGAUGUUCAAUGCUGCCGUCUUUAUCUAUCCAGAAUUUUCUAUUAACGGGAAAUAUGGUAGACUUUAUGAGACAGUCAGCGCAGUAAGAGAAGCAUUUCAAAUGCUGUAUUCGUGUUCCAAUGUUUUCAUUUACUACACCUAUAAUUCCAAGUUCAGAGAUAUGUUUAGGAGAAAAUUUGCAAGAAUUAUUUAG